UUAGUCAGACUCAAGAUUUCCCUAUUCUUCCCUGCUCCAUUCCACCCCCUCCCUGGCACUGGAGAUAAAAGAGUUGUUCGUGCUAGGCAAGUGUUCUCCACUAAUUUAUAUCCUGAGUUCUUUGAUAUUCUGAACAUGCACAAAGUAGGUUAAUACAAUUAAUUGUCGUGUGUCUCACCAUGUUGCUCAACAAUUCUUAGCAUACAGCUACUCAUGUAAAAGCUGUGCAUGGCCUGCCGGUAACCCUAGUGUUGGUGGAGCAGAGACAGGUGGAGCCUGGGAGCUUACUGGAUAGCGAGUUUAGCCUAAACAGCGAACUUCAGAUUCAGUGAGAAACUCUAUCUCAAAAAAAUAUGAGGGGGGACAGUAGAGGAUACUCCCUGUCUUUCUCUGGCCUCUUCAUGUGCUUCUGUAGACACACAUCACACACACACACACACACACACACACACACACACACACACACACAGUGUAAGAGCUCAGCCAUAGUAACAGGAACCUAGGAAAGAAUAUAGAUCCCAUGGAGUUAUAUUGGUAAAUGUGAAAGAAAUCAGUAAUACGGUUUACCUGAUGUGUGUAAGGGCAGGGGAGGAGAUGCUGGAGAUUUAGAGUGAAGAGAUAUAAGAGUUAUUUCAAGUGGGAUUGUGUAGGCAAGAACAGGAUUGCUAGGACCCACUUUGGGAUUAAUGGCAAUGAAUUUAAAACAAGACCACUGUUCAAAUAAUCACCCCAACCCCCCAGUUUGUAGUCAGAGUAAGGGAUGAUUCUGGCCCAAAAUGCCUCAGGCCCAAAACCUUUUCUGCCUUUUGCCUCCAAACUAUUAUACAAAUCAAUGCUUUUUAGUGGAUUCUAGAAUACAUCUGUUUAAUUAAAGUCAGUUUUGAACAGGUGAUCAGUUGAUAUGAUUCUUUACCAACCAAUAGGAUGUUUACUCAGAUGUGCUUACACCAGGUGCAUAAUUUAUGGGGAAAAAAGCUUAAAUGAUGAGUUUCUUUUUAUGCAUUACAUAGUUAUUGCCAUCAAUUUGAAUUAGUUUGUAUUAUGGAAAAGAUGCUCGGCAGUGAUGAACACUUAUAAACCCAGCAUUUGGUAGGUAGAAGGGAAGGUUAGGAAUUCAAGGGCAUUCUUGGAUGUGUAACAAGUUCAGGACCAGCCUGGACUACAUAAGACCCUGCCCAGCGUGGUGGCGCAUGCCUUUGAUUCUAGCACUCAGGAGCCAGAAGCAGGUUGAGCUCUGUAAGUCCAAGGCCUGCCUGGUCUAUAGAUUGAGUUCCAGGACAGCCAAGGCUACACAGAGAAAUCCUAUCUCAUAAAACAAACAAAAUAUCAAAACACCCCAAUUUGUUCUUUGCCUUUCAGUUUGAGCCUUCUAUUUUGAUUUUGAGAUUGAGUUCAGAGGAAGUUCAAAACCUACUGAGAGAGUCUAUGGAGUGAAGAAGACAGAUAUUUAAGGAAAUUAUGAGUCGAGGAUCUCAAGUUCACAUUUUUUGGGGUGCUCCAGUUGCUCCACUGAAAAUGACGAUAUCACAGGGAACAGCUUCCUUAAUGUCCACUGCCAACACCUGGGAACAAAUCCAACUUUUAUACAAACAGCAUUCUUUAUAUCUGAAGGCUGAAAACCAGGAGCUUAAAAAUCUGAAAGACUACCAAAUCCCAGAAACUGCUGGCCCUCCAGAUGUUCUUAGUGGUCACCUUUCGACAACUUAUGUGACUAGGUCUGCGCAGGUGGAAGAUGGUUUCAUGUGUUCUUCUUCUGAAACACAGAGUAUAAAGUCCCAGAAGAUUAAUCCCUCAGGCCAGAGUGAUAUGACUAAUGUGCAGAUAUGUGAAUUUAAGGACAGAGUUCAGUAUUUACCUGAAGAAGAAAAAUAUCAGAAGUUUCAGUGUGAAAAUAUGAAACUUAGAGAUGAGCAGUCUAAAAACCAGUCAAAUCCCUGUGUUCAGAACUUUCAAGCAGAUUUGCUUCCGUUAGAUCAUAAAUGUACAGCUGAAUUGGAUUUGGACUGUUGUACUGAACAGAUUACUAUAGGGCCAGAGGCUGUGAGAACAAAGCCUGUGCCAACUGUACAUGAAAGACAGAGUCAGGAGACCGUUUUCUCUGACACAAAGCCUGAGCCAGGGUCUGAGGGAGCAGUCGGGAAGGCCUCAGACCACAAAGUGUCUACUGACACUGAGUUUCUCAGUAUAAUGACCUCCAGCCAGUGUGCCUUUCUAGCUCAAGGGAACAAUAAAGGGCAAGACUGUCCAAAUAAAGGGACUAUAAACAUGGGGAUGGAACCCACAGGAAGUCCAGAAGGAAGACUAGCUGAAGAUAAUCUUGUUAAGUCCAGGGACAAUUCUGAAUCUGAGAGUGAGCAGAGCCAGGCAUAUUCCCUGGAACUUUUUAGUCCUGAAUCAGAAAGCAGUCACGUUAACAGAAACUCUGGAAAAAGUCUUGAAAAUAAUAUAAGUUCACAAGAUCUUUUCAGUAAUGAAGAAAACCCGCCACCAAAUGAGGUAUGCAUUGAGUUGUGUGGCUCAGGAAUACUGUGUUCCCAACUGAGUACCUUCCACCAAAGUGCUGCUAAAAGAAACCGGUCCUCUAAAGAUAAUUUCCAUCAUUCUAAAGCUCGUUCGGAAGUCCGUCAAGUAUCCAAGAAGCCAAAGAUGGACUCUACUACAAGAGAGUCGGCCAAAACGGCGCCCCAGAGGAUCACGUCUGAAUUUAAGGCCAUUAAAAAAAUAUCACUAAUAAAAGACUGUGGCUCUAAAAGUCAGAAGUAUAACUGCUUAGUCAUGGUGCUAACUCCAUGCCAUGUGAAGGAGAUAAACGUAAAAUCUGGACCAAAUUCUGGUUCUAAAGUGCCCUUAGCAACAGUUGUAGUAAUUGAUCAAUCAGAAGUGAGGAAGAGAGUUGUUCUGUGGAGGACUGCAGCAUUUUGGGCACUUACAGUGUUUCUUGGGGAUAUAAUUUUAAUUACAGAUGUUACUGUUUAUGAGGACCAAUGGGUUGGUGAGACAGUACUCCAAUCAACAUUUACCAGUCAGUUAUUAAAUCUUGGAAGUUAUUCACAUGUCCAGCCUGAAAAAUAUUCCAAUGUAGUUGCCAGUGUUGUACUUGAGGACUUACUGGGAUAUGUGUCUUCAAAACAUUCCUAUCUCAAAGAUCUGCCUCAGAGGCAGCAUCAGAAAAUGAACACUGUAGAGUUUGUGGAAUUAGAGCAGCUGCAGCCUGAUACAUUAGUCCAUGCCGUACUCAGAGUACUGGAUGUCACUGUAUUGACAGAGGCAGUGUAUAGUUAUAGAGGACAGAAGCAAAGGAAAAUUCUGUUAACUGUGGAACAGGCUCAAGGUCAACAUUAUGUGCUUGUAUUGUGGGGUCCGGGAGCAGCCUGGUAUACUCAGCUUCAAAGGAAUAAAGAUCGUAUUUGGGAAUUUAAGUACCUUUUUGUUCAACGCAAUUGCAUACUAGAAAACUUAGAGUUGCAUACAACGCUGUGGUCAUCCUGUGAGUGUCUGUUUGAGGACGACACAAGAGCAAUUUCAUUUAGAGCAAAAUUUCAAAAAAAUAUACCCUCCUUUGUCAAGACAUCAGACUUAGCAACUCACCUAAAGGAUAAGUAUUCAGGAGUGGUUCUGAUUAAAGCCAAGGUUUCAGAGCUGGUGUUUACUGUCCCAGCAGCUCAGAAGAUAGCUCUAAAUGCUCACAGUUCUCUGAAGGGUAUCUUCUCUUCUCUUCCCAACAUAACAUAUGCUGGCUGUGCGCAUUGUGGCUCAGAACUGGAAACAGAUGAGAACAGGGUCUACAGACAAUGUCUGAGCUGCUUGCCAUUUGCUGGGAAGAAAACAUUGUAUAGGCCAGCUUUAAUGACCAUAGUUGAUGGAAGACAUAGUACUUGUGUCCAUGUAGGGUCAAAGAUGAUGGAACGCAUUCUUCUCAACAUCUCUCCAGAUUGCCUCAACAGAGCGAUAGUACCUUCCUCCGAAGUCACCUACAGCAUGGUCGCAGCAGACUUGCUCCACUCCUUAUUGGCCAUCAGUGCAGAACCUUGUGUGUUGAAGAUUCAGAGCUUUUUCGAGUUGGAUGAAAAUAGCUACCCACUGCAACAGGAAUUCUCCUUACUAGAUUUCUGUCCUGAUUCAUGGACAAUGUGGAGCCCGGGACUUUCUCUGAGUUCGGAGGAGGACACAGGCAGCAUUCCAAGGAAGGAGUAAUGAAAUAAUCUGUCUUUUGAAGAUUUAUUUAUUUUUUAUGUUUGUGAGUUUUGCCUGUGUAUAUCUGUGUACCAUGUCUGGUGCCCACAGAGGCCAGGAGAGGGGACUAAAUCCCCUGGGACUAGAGUAAUAUAUGGGUGUGAGCUGCCAAAUGGAUUCUGAGAAAGUGCUCUUAACUGCUGAGCCACCCAACCCUAUGAUCUGUGCUUUGAAAUAAAUGAAAUGACAGAG